AACCACACUGUAUAACUAAGGUAUGUUUUAACAAAAUGCUCUGUAUGUCUAUUGAGAAAAACAUUCUUUUCUUUGUAGAAAGCCAAACCUUUGCAAAACCUUGUUACGGAGCUGAAUAUUCUAAGUGGUCUAACCGAGUCAGAUUCUCCGUGACGAUUACUCCCUGAUACGAAUUAACUCGACCCAAAAUUCUUUCAUUGAUUGUCAAGAUCACUUUGCUGAAAUAAAUAAUGUUUUUCGGACCACCCAUGGGCAUUACAGUUAGAUUUCGAAGCAUUGAGUGUCAGUUUAUGGUCAAUCAGCCACCGUAAUAGUCUGACCUCAUUAGCAAAGUCGGUCUGCCAUUUAAAAGCUUAAGAGCAGUGUAAGGCUGUAUCAUCAGCACAUAAGGUGAGAAUGCCAUUCUCAAGGUUGUUGGGCAGAUCAUUGAUGUAAAUGGUUAACAGGUAAGUGCCUAAAAUUGACCCUUGAGGUACAACUCUCGACCUUUUUCUAGCAGAAGACGAAGCCAGUCAACAACUGCCUGUCCUGAUGCUGUGGUCUAUCCUUUGCAAUUAUCUGUUCUGUCUGGGUCGGUUGGGAUGGGAAAUACUUGAAGGUAUAUAUUGAAAAUAUUAACUGAUUAAGCCAACCUAACAAUCCAAUGAAGAAACAGAGCAGACGGAGACAAAGUAUUCACUUUUUUUCACGUCACAGAAAUUACCGACAUACGCCACAGAGAUAAGAAAACAGAUCGAAAAAAAAAAAAAAAAAAGAAAAGAAAACUUUAGAGAAUAGAUUAAAAUUAGACCAAGUGCUAUAAGUGUUGGUUUAGAACUACUGCGAUGUCUAAUAUUGCUUAUUCUGGUGAUCUCCUAAUGUAGAUUUGGAGGCUACUGUUUCACAGGCUCAUCAAAACUCUUUCUCCGGCAUUUCAAUGUACUUCCUCUCGUGAAGAUAGAUAUGUUUCUAUGAAAGCAACUGACCAUAAUUCAUGGAAGGUCGUAAAAUCUCAUUGGUUAUUUCCAAGACAACUGGAAAUAGUAAUAUUUUGUAUUUGGGACUUUCAGCUUUUAGCGCAUCUAUUGAAAGAAAAGAACUUUACAAUAGCACAUCCAUUAAGAUGGUGCAUUGCUUGUCUUAUUAAAAUUCACCGCUAAAAGUAAUAUGGACAUAUUAUUUUUAGCGAGGCUUUUAAUUUAUGACAAUCAUAAGUAACCAGAGAUCAGAACUUUGAAACCUAUAUUGACAAACUUCACCGGACCAGUGGACGUUAAUACUUAAACGGGAAGGUAAGUUUAAGAGUACACAUAGAAGUAACAAUACACUAUAGCCACUGAAAAUGAAUUUCAGUAGAUCUAUCUUUCCUAAGACAAAUCAAACUUAUGAUUGGAUUAACGACAAUUUCCUUCAAACAGGAAAUAUCAUUGGAGACAAUCAACAAUUAAUGUUUGUAGGACUUACGAAAAUGGAGGAAGCUCCGCAUGAUUCUUCUGUGUCUCUUAAACUCAACCAAUUAUUUCAUCUCUGUUUCAAUCGAGAGAGAACACCCUGAAAGCUUUGAAAGAAAAGCUAUCUGAAUGGACUCGACCCCAACCUUCUAUCUGACAAUUUGCCAGUCUCCUUUAUCCUCAGAGAGCAGAUGAUAACUCGAGCAGCUAUGGAAAACACAGCCGGCGGCAAUCUGACUCCCUCGCCAAAAGCACUUAGUGAAGAUGACAAAGUUCUUGUCAGGGACACGUGGAGGGAAGCGGCAAAACCAGAGGUCCAAGCAGGACAGAAACUAUUCAAGAGGAUAUUUCAAAUUGCUCCCGAAGCCUUGAACUAUUUCUCCAGCUCCGACCUAGACAGCGACGAAUUCCAAAGUCAUAUCACGUCAGUUAUCAGUACCUUAGAUAAAGCUUUACAAAAUCUAGACGACCUAACCCCUUUAUUACCUACUCUGGAGAGACUAGGAACGAUUCAUGCCAACAUGGGGAUAAAAAGGCAUCAGCUUAACGUAGUGAAACAAGCAUUGCUGUUCACACUUUCACAAGAACUAAGAGACCUCUUCACUGAUGAAUGCCACAAGGCCUGGGCGCUGACAUUCGACAUUUUGGCGGAUGCCAUGGCGACAGGAAUGGAUCCUUAUAGCAAAGAUUAGUCAGACUUACGAAACCUUUCUCGCAACUGAGGUCAAUGAACAGGAAAAAGCGAAAAAAGUUGGGAAACCAGUAGGAGCUAAUGUGUCACGUUAUGACAUUCCUGUAACUCAAUCUGGAAGGCAACAACCAUUAAAAGCAGCAUUUAAAAAAAGUUCUUUAUGUAUUUAAAAGUUCUCUUAGUUUUAAACCAUUUAAUCGUAAUUAUGUAUGACGACUCCAGGAUUAACAAUUGAACCAACUGAGCGCGUUUCGUUGUUGUGUGUCAUGAAGCUAAACUCAUAGCAAUUGUCACAGCCAAUCAGAACAAAGGAGGAGGCAGGCACUCGAGGGAGCCAAUGAGAACUCAAUGUAAAUGAUCAGAAGCGCAGGAAAACGUGCGUGAUUAAGUCGCAGCAAGUUUUAGUUUGAUUCUGAUUGCUCGGGAAGGUAGCGAGCGUAAGUUUUCCAAACCAAUCACAAAUCAAAACCAACGAAUCCCAGAGCAAAUUCAAGACUCAGUUGAAAAUAACGAAAUGUUCUCAGUUUUUGUCAAGACUUCUUCGCAGAUAAAAACAGCG